AUGGAGGACCCCACGCCCGUUGCGCCGGUGCCCCAGAAACGUCCACACGAGAACGACGACACUGAGCCUUCCAUCUCAACUCCAGUUAAACAGAUUCACUCAGAAGCCUCUUCACCCCUUUCAGUUCUUUCGGUCCAAACCCCGUCACCCCUCAAGAGCAGUGCUCCAAAUUCGAACGCCCCAGACAACAGCAAUGCUUCAGCCCCAACCACCUCACAACCGGCCAAGAGACGGAAGCUUACCACACACGAGAAAGAAGCUCAACGUCUAGAGAAGGAGGCUAAGGCUAAGGCACGAGAAGAGAAAAAAGCGCAAAAAGAGGCAGAGGAGAAGGUGAAGGCAGAGCAGAAGGCACAGAAGGAUGAAGAGAAGCGAAAGAAGAACGAAGAACGGGAUGAGAAGAAGCGUCUUAAAGAAGAGGAACAACAACGGAUAGAAGAAGAAAAGGCAAAGAAGGCACGGUCUCAAAUGAAGCUGAAUGCUUUCUUCGUGAAGCCAAAAGCGGGAACCAGCCCAGGACAGGCCGUGGUAGCUUCAUCCCAGAACCUCACUGCUUCAUCUGUAUCUUUAACAAGCACAUCUGGAGUCGAUACUAAUUUGGCACCUCUAUCACCACAGAAGACCAUUGUUAAGAACGCACAGUCAGACUACGAGCGAUACUUCUUACCAUUCAACCUUCCUCCGCACACAAUCCUUGCGUCCACGAAUCCCCUGCUAGACGACCCGGAACGGUUGGAGACUGCCCGAACACGGCUAGAAAACAUUAUCACGCAGAAGAGUACUAGUACUGAGACCAUCACACGAGAGACAUUGGUAUCUUCUCUUCCAAGACGAGACCAGCGGACCCGCAAGACUGCGACCAUCGCGGAAGUCAUCGAGCGUGUAAAUGGCUCAUCAGAUCAACCCAUUGACCUGACUGCAGACAAAGGCCCGUUGGAAUUGCUCAAGGACAUUCCUAUGAAGUACAUUCACUUUUGCAAGGAUGUACGCCCGCCGUAUUACGGUACAUAUACCAGGCCAUAUACCGAUAUGGAGGCUUCUCGGCUCGCACGAAAUCCUCUCGCCAGGGUUCGGCAGGAUACUGACUAUGAUUACGACUCUGAGGCGGAGUGGGAGGAGCCUGAGGAAGGAGAAGAUCUGGACUCCGACGGAGAGGACGAUAACGAAGACGAGGCGGAAGACGACAUGGACGGUUUCCUCGAUGAUGAGGAAGACCCACAACUCAAACGACGACUCAUUAGUGGUGAUUUGGUUCCUGUGAGCACCGGCUUGUGCUGGGAGGACGCAGACCGAGUGUCCAGGUUGAACGAUGGUUCCGAUGCCAUAUGUACCGACUUCAAGGAUUUCAGGAUGGGUUUCCUGUUGGACCCGCAAAUGAGCUCAAUUGACCCGUUCUCCACGACAUACUGGGCUCCAGACCCUGCGACAGCUUCUACUACUGCCAAUGCUACGAAGAAAGACGGCUCUGCCAAUAGCGCUAUGAACCCGCCUCGAGCGCCUCUGGUUCAACGCUCCAUGAACGGCUUGCUUAACACGUUGAAUGGUCCGCAGAAAUCUGCUGCAGCUACUCCGACUAAGCCUGCGAAAGCCAAACGACUGGUACCCACUGAGCAGCUGCCGGCUUUCAAGGCCGAGAUUGAAGGUAAAGAUUUGACCAAGAUUGGUAUGAUCGAAGCGCUGAAGAAGGCGUUUCCAAAGUUGCCCAAGGAUGCUAUCAGCAAUACCUUGAGCGUAGUCGCUGCAAGGGUAGGCCCCACUGAGAAGGAGAAGAGAUGGGUGCUUGUCAACACCUGA